AUGGCUGGCCACGAGCAUUACAAGUCCAGUAUCCGUUCUUUGGCCUUCCGGAGGACCUCGGAGGAGCCUGGAGAACCAGGAGGGAACCCGGACCUGGAGCGGAGCAGCGGACCCACUAGGAGGGAAGAGCGGACCGGCGGACCAGGCUUGGACCCACUACCGGCGCAGCACAUCGGGCCCACCCCAGGGAGGAGGCGACCACCGGGAGAGGAGUUGGUAAGCGUCAACCGCCUUUUCUUGCCUGCCUCUCCCGGCCCGGUCGCCGAUGCCUGCGGGCGACCACCACGGGCCCUGGUCCUUGUGACCACCACCGCCGCCUGGACCUGCCUGGACCCCCGGCUGCUCGGACCGCCCCGGACUUGGACCUGCUACCCGGGAGAAGAUGCCUGGCCCUCGGACAAGGACGCCUGGAGCCCCACAGGACCCGGCCCAGCCGGGACCCUCUCGGAGCGGGCUCCCACCACCACCGCCCCCUGGACGUCCUCGCCGCCGUCCGGCUCCACCACCUGCGGGCUCCCCGGCUCCCCCUGCGCCCCGACGCCACCGGCCGGGGUCUUCCUCCUCCUCUUCUGCCUCGGACGGGACUUCGACACCGGCUUCCUCUUCGCCUCCCACCCCGGUGCGUUCCCGGCCACCUACCUUGGCACGAGGCAUCCUGAGGAUCUUUCUCCCCGUUCCGGCGGUGCUGCGCUGCAUCCGACGUGGCUGCAACACGUCAGUCGCUCCCCGCCCGCCCCUCCUGCCAUCCAUGCCUGGCCUCCACCUCCACGCCCGCCGACACGGCCGCCCCUCGGCACCGUUGUGUCCGGUGUCCGCAGGCGUUCCCGUCGGCCCGCGGACUUAUCAACCACGAGCGCUGGCACGACGUACAGGACGCGACGGCAGCCGCCUCAGGACGACUUCCGUCGUCUGCACCACCACCCAGACCUUCUGACCAGUCACCAUCUCCAUCCGGCGGAACCACAACCUCUGACAGCUCACCGGCUCGUCAUCAUGUCUCCGAAGACAUGUUCACACCACCGCCGUUGGGGGACACCUCGCCAGCGCGCGCAACCACACCCCUCCCGGACCCCUCCCGAAGCACAAGCCCAUCGGGUUCCGGCCUGGGGUUGCCUGGAACGCGUAGAGCGACUUCACCUCCUCCAUCCGACGGCACUGCGAGCCCCGACACCCAGAGUUCCGUUUUCAUGGACGCGGCCGACGACACCUCUGAGGCGUCCACCGCCGAUCCCGAUCAUGACUCCGCCAUCCCGCCAGACCACACGGCUCUUCUCGCCAACCAAGCUCGCCUAUUACGCCGUCUCCUUCGCGAACCUCCGUCAGAGGAUUCCUGGGACGAGUGCGAGGCGACUUGGACGCAGGCGGUUUCCAUGGCUACGGAGGCUGUCCACCUUCCACCGAUUACGACCAAUCGUCCGAGACGUCUCAUCAACCCGGACAAUGCAGCUGACAUUCAGCGCUUAUACCGACGCAACCGUCGCCGAGCCGUACGUCUCAUCCUCGAUGGCCCCUCGCACCAAUGCACCAUCCCCCUCACCGAGCUCCAAGAUCACUGGGGAUCCACAGUGGGCGGCGAGAGCGGCAGACACGUCGCUUCUGUUCCGACGCGCUCCUGCACUGGGCGAAGUCGACAUGUCCCCUUUCACACCCGAUGAGGUCUUGACGCGUCUGCGCAAGUCGGAAAACACGGCCCCAGGGGGUGACCGCCUCACAUACCAUCACUGGAAGACGGUCGACCCUGAAGCCCUCUUCCUGACUGCGCUCUUCAACGCUUGCGUUCAUCAUCGACGAACACCCGACUCAUGGCGCACGAGCCGCACCGUGUUAAUUCACAAGAAGGGCGACCCCCAGGUGCCCAGCAACUGGCGGCCAAUCGCCCUCGGCAGUACGGCAUCGAAGCUUUAUGCGAAGUGCCUGGCUGCCCGGCUCCAGGACUGGAUCCUCCGCCAUAACGUCCUAUCCCGCUGCCAGAAGGGUUUCCUGCCUUAUGACGGCGUCUUUGAGCUGAACUACAUCUUACAGCGACGACUCGACGCCGCCAGAGGCGGGGGCCCGGACCUCUGCGCAGCGAUGCUCGACUUUACAAACGCUUACGGAUCGGUCACCCACCCUGCCCUUCUCGCUGCACUUCGAGGCGCCGGAGCUGGCGAUCUGUUCACGGCACUCAUCGGCGACCUUUACACCGGCAACCGCACGUGCGUCAUCGCGGCCGAAGGCGUCUCCGAGCCCAUACCCAUCCUGGCCGGACUACGCCAAGGGUGCCCACUCAGCGGAUUGCUCUUCAACUUAGUCGUGGAUCCGAUAAUCCGAGACGUGCAGGGCGACGACACCGAGCACAACGUACUAGCGUACGCUGAUGAUCUUACUCCCCUGGCGACGUCCCCAGAAGAUCUCCAGCGCCGUAUUGACCGCAUCGAGGCCCUCGCAACCGACCUCGGUCUCGCCUUGAACCCAGCCAAGUGUUCUUCCAUGCACUUGUCUGGAGCGACGCCUGUCGGUAUGCGCCCAACGGUCUUCUUGGUCUCGGGAACGCCCAUCGCGGUCGUCCGUGACUUCGCCGCCCAGCGUUUUCUUGGUCGACCGGUCGGCUUCCGCGUCAUCCCUUCCACCGGCCCCGCCAUCGACUCCGCCAUCGCAACGGCUCAGAAGAUCAUGGCGUCAAUGUUAGCGCCGUGGCAGCGACUGGACGCCCUGCGUACUUUCGUCUUCCCGGCGCUGAACUUUCCCAUGCGAUGCGGAGUACACUCUAAGACCGACUGGCAACGCCUAGACGACGCCAUCCGGCCGCUAGUCAAGAGGACGCUCUACCUCCCCAGCAACGCCUCCAAUCACUACGUAUAUGGCAGCGCUAGGGCUGGAGCUGCGGCGAUUCCCUUGGCGGCGGAACUAAGCGACGCCUGCCGCAUUGACAACGCUUACAAGCUCCUCACCACGGCCGAUUUGGAGCUACGGGACCAGGCCCACACCGACGCCUACUCGGUCGCCUCGGCUCGUCUCGGCUGGGAAGUUACCCGCGCCGAGCUCGAAACGUUCCUGGCGGGAGAGACGGAGGGUGUCUUCCGAGCGCCGGCCACCCAGCUGCGCUCUGUCUGGACAGAGGCCCGGAAGGCGUCCCGACGACUACACGUCACCUGGUCACUCGAUCCGGCAGACACCCGCAUUUCUUUUGGCGACACAACCAUCACCCCUGCCCAUCGCUGUCGGGUGAUGCGUUCCUUGCACGAGUAUCAAGCGUCGGACCGGGACACUGCCCUCCAUGACCAACCAAACCAGGGCAAAGUCAUGGCCUGUGUUGCCGCGGACCGCGCCAGCGCCCACUUCUUCAGGACCGGCGCAUUCACACGGUUCUCCGAUUGGCGUUUUAUCCACCGUGCGCGGCUUAACCUCCUGCCGCUGAACGGAGCCCGCAUGUGGGGAACGGCUGACCGGGACCAAAGGUGCAGGACGUGCGGUUACGCUCGGGAGACCCUGCCGCACGUGCUAUGCCACUGCAUGACUCGCAGUGCGGCAUACACGGCUCGCCACAACACCAUCGUGGCCCGCAUCCGCUCCGCUGCAUCGACGAAGUUCACGGUGGCCUUCGAAAAUCGCCCGGUUGGAGACACUGCCCUGCGCCCAGACCUCGUCCUCGUUUCCGGCGAGGAGGCCCUGGUGUUGGAUGUCGCGAAUGAGAAACUCGCCAAGUAUCAGCCCGUGGCUACAUACCUACGGCGCCGCUACCAGCGAGUCUCCAUCCACGCGGUACUCGUCGGGGCCCUCGGCUCGUGGGACCCGGAGAAUGACCGCGUACUACGGCGGUUCUGCUCACGCCCGUACCUUCGACUUUUCAAGAAGUUGUGCGUGAGCGACGUGAUCGCGGCCUCGCGCGGCAUUUACCACGACCACGUCGGCGCCGGUCGCCCGCCCGGUGUGUGA